GAUCCAGUUACGCUUCCGAGUCACAGAGAGAGAGAGAGAGAGAGAGAGAGGAAACGGAGAUGGGGACGAGGGAGGUGUACGAACAGAAGCUGAGGUCGGGCAACCUCUACCAUGAUCCAACCAUGAACCCUGGCUUAGGCUCCCCUCGAUGCCCUCGUUGUCUCUCUCUCUUAAACCCUAACGCCGAAAACGGCGAUUGGGCCAUCACUUCGGUUCUACAUGACGCUACAUCUGUUGCUGGCUCUGGAAUUGGCGGUUUGCUCAGUGCGAUUCAUGGUUUCAAUACAGGAAUACCAUACAUUCAGAAACAUGUAAAAGGACCAAAGUGGCUUCCUUUCCUUGUUGGGGUACCUCCAUUGCUAAUGUUCUCUGCUGCAAGUGCUGCAUUUGGAGGUUACGCACUUCCAACGUUUACACAACUGACUGUGACUUCGUACUAUGCUGCCUCAAGUGCCUCCCAAUAUGGUAUUUCUUUGCUCACCCGACGUAUCGAAGAGUCCCAUACUUCCCUUAAUCAGCAGGAAAGACUCAGAUGAUCGCAUUGGCAACCAUAAGAAUCGGGCUUCCUUGCUUUCAGUUUUGUAAUUGACCAUGUAUCUACAUGGUUUUUUUUGUUUCAGUAGAUACAUGUUUUUUUUUGUUUUUGUUUCAGGUAUAAUUUAUCGAUAGUAGGUCUCUUUACUCUACAGUCUACGACCCUAUACCGCUGUAUACUGUGUAGCCCCAUGAUAUGAAUAAAUUUCUUGGUCGGUUAGAGUCAUAAA